ACAUUAUAUUGUUCAAACAACCUACCAAAAAAAAAAUGAUGAGAUUACGCUAUUUUUUAUCUAUCAGAAUAAAAACAAUACUCUUUCUUCUCUUGUAAAACCAAAGCAUAGUAAUCUGGUCUUCCAUAAAAAUGUAAAUACGUGAAACAAAUUAGGUUAUGAAAACAACUAACAUCAACACUUUAUACCGCAUUUGAAUGGGCUUUGUUGAAACUCGAAUCCAGGUAUGCCAAUUUCUAUUUACUGUAAUUCAUAAACUUUUGAUUUUUGGUAUGAUUGUUCCCAACAGGUUUCGUGGACUUCUUUGGAUGCUUGACAAGUGUGAAGUUAUCCUCUCAUCCUUCAUCAAAUAUUCAAGUUUAAACCCUACGUUCAUCCCACUUAUGGCUGAAUUUUUAAAAAAUCUACCCCAACCCCAGCUCCCAACUCCGACUCCGGCGCCAGCUGCCGAUCCUUAUCAACCUCCGACUCAAUCCGUGGCUCCUGUUCCUGCUCAAUCAUUGGCUCCGGCUCCGGCUCCGGCUCCUGCUCAAUUAUCGGCACCGGUGCCAGCUCAAUCUCCAGGUCCGGCUCAUUCAGUUUCUCACGAUCAUACUCAAACUUUGGCUCCUGGGCCGGCUCAAGGAUCGAGUCUUGUUGCUGAAUCGGCUCCGGUUGCCACCCUUCCUAAUCGCAUUUCAGAGCACUUGAUGCACAAGAACCGCUUGCAAGAGUAUGCACAAAGAUCAGGUAUACAACUCCCAGUUUAUCAAACCAUCAAUGUUGGUGGAUGUCCUCAUGCUCCACAGUUUCAUUCAACUGUCUUUGUCGAUGGAGAAGCUUAUUCAUCUCCCAACACCUUCGCACAUCGAAAAGCAGCAGAACAGGAUGCUGCCAAGUUUGCUUUAGAGAAUAUAGUAAAGAAAGUUAAGGAUCAGGGAUGUCCUCUUAUUAUUGGGGAUACAAUAUUCUGCAAACUUAUCUUGAAUGAAUUUGCAGUGAAGAGGAAUUUAGAAAAACCUUCUUAUACUACCACUCGACCAAAUGGUUUGCUUCCGGUUUUUGUAUCGUCUGUGGUUUUUGAUGGUGAUACUUAUACUGGAGAACCUGGUAAAAACAAGAAAGAAGCUGAACAAUUGGCAGCACGAGCUGCUAUCAUCUCACUAUUGGGUAAAUCUGGGUCUGCCACUUCACUUUCUGAGCUCAUAAAGUCUAAAGGUAAACUAUAUGAUGCAAUGCGUAAAAUCAAGGACGCUAAUUAUGGCACUCAAGAUAUGGCUGUGAAUACAAGUCAGAAUUCGGAGAUCUUGGUCAGUAAAGUAGGUAAAGCUCCUACAGCUAGUAAUGUGCCAUUGAUUGCUACUCCAAAGACAGCAAGCUCCGGAGCGCAAGUGCCACGGCACCAAUUUAAUAUAUCAAAACCAGUACCAUCCUUUGAAACAGUGAAUUUCCCUAUUCAAUUUGUGUCUCCAGUUUCCGGACAGCCUUUGGGAGUUUCUUCAAGCUCUUCAAACAAGCGACGUAAAAACAAAAAAAAGGCUAACAAGAAAUUAUGCACUGAUGCUCGGUUGUCAGACGCUGCUCAGCCUUCGAGUCAAACCCCAUCUUGUUCGGUAGCCCAAUAAACGCUCAAACUGCUGCAUUAUGUGCAUUUCUUAGUUAUAUCUGUAGACCAAUCCUUUGUAGUUGCAAUUCUACUUAGAAUCUAUGAAGAAUUCAGUGAGCCCAGCUGAGGUCAUCUUAAUAACUCAAAAAUAGUUCUGGGUAUUGUUGUAGUUAUUACCUCAAGUAAGAAGAAAUUAAUAAUUGAA